ACCAGAAGCGCGCUUCGGUCGCGCUGGUGACGUCACGACGGGCGGAGAAGAAGGUGGGAGAGGUGCGGACGUCGCAAGGGAGACAGCUGACUGGGCGCCCCGGCCCCCCGGCACCUCUGACACAAUGUGGGAGAGCAGGAAGUGAUGCGGGGGGCUCAUUCACGGCGGACAUGGUCAGACAGCUCCUCGGGAUGGUGGUAUGUUGACGUGUAUCGAACAUCCGUUGAGACGGUGUCUGGUACAAGGCGGACUGCUCUAAAACUGGGCACACUCAACAUGGGCCAGUGUGUCACAAAGUGUAAGAAUCCUUCAUCCACACUAGGCAGCAAAAAUGGUGAACGGGAGUCUAACAAGUCCCAUAAGAGAAGCUCAGGACACAAAGAAGAACACACGUCAGCCGGUGGGAAGGCCUCAGGGGACAUCUUAGUCAACGGAACAAAGAAAGCGCAAGAUGCCGUAGUAGAACCCAGUUACCCUCAGGCCCACCCUGCUGGUGAUGCAAAGAAGAAAGAGCUAGGCAUGGGAGCAGAGGUGUCGUCCUUACAGCGAAUUGAGGAAUUGUUUAGGAGAUACAAGGAUGAACGUGAAGAUGCCAUCUUGGAAGAGGGCAUGGAACGGUUUUGCAAUGAUCUGUAUGUGGACCCUACAGAAUUUAGAGUGCUAGUUUUAGCAUGGAAAUUCCAAGCUGCCACCAUGUGCAAAUUUACUAGGAAAGAGUUUUUUGAGGGAUGCAAGGCCAUUAAUGCAGACAGCAUUGAAGGAAUUUGUAGCAGGUUUCCCAGCCUCCUAAAUGAAGCCUAUCAGGAAGAUAAAUUUAAGGAUCUCUAUCGCUUCACCUUUCAGUUUGGCCUGGACUCAGAAGAAGGGCAGAGGUCACUUCACCGGGAAAUAGCCAUCGCCCUAUGGAAGUUAGUGUUCACCCAAAACAAACCCCUUAUUUUGGACGAGUGGUUAGACUUCCUCAUUGAGAACCCCUCAGGAAUCAAGGGAAUCUCCCGGGACACAUGGAACAUGUUCCUAAACUUUACUCAGGUGAUUGGACCCAACCUCAGCAACUACAGCGAGGAUGAGGCGUGGCCGAGCCUCUUUGAUACCUUUGUAGAAUGGGAAAUGGAGAGAAGGAAAAAGGAUGAGGAAACCAAAUGUAUUAGAUCUUCAGGCACAGAUUACAUGAGCGCGGACGAGCAGACUUAGCACAAUGCAAGCAUCACAUCCCUGUCACCUUCAUUAAAUGUAGACUCUGGACUUUCCCUGGAAAUUUAAUGGAGAAUCCAUUCUUUUUUUUGUUUCGUUGUGUUUUUUUUUAACUACUUUACACCUUUUUCUGCCUUGAAUUCGAAAGGGCUCUAAAUGCUGGUAACAUGUUUCAGGCACUUUUCUUACCAUUUGGUUAUUUUAGCUAUUUUAUUAUUAUUAUUUUUUUUCAUAGAAAUAUUCUAACAGUGCCAGACAGUGUUUCACCUAUGUAUAUUUCAGGUUUAACUGGCUCUAAAUAAAUUAACUGAAUGCUCGGAAGAGGC